CGGUUCUCCCUCGUGAUCUAGCAAUCCAAACAACAUAAUUUUUAUUUACACGUUUAAUACUAAUAGCUUAUAGCUAGCUUCUAAUAAUUAUAUAGUGUGCAUGCCCUACCAGUUGUCUACUGUAUAGCUAGCUUUCCUGGUCAUCAAACCAUGUCUGAAUACACUGAGCAGAUACCAGACCACGAAAAGGUUCGUAUUGUCUCGAAUUUUAUCAAGAAUGCUCCCCCUGGUGAAUUUAAUGAAGUUUUUAAUGAUGUUAGGGUUCUUCUUGGGAAUGAUCAGCUCUUAAAGGAAGGCGCUUCAAGUGCCUUUAGUGAGUACAACACAGAGCAGUUUACUCCUGCCAAAGUUGGCGAUGACUUGAUUCUUGUGACAGCUGCUGGAAAGUUGGAAGGAUCACGGUUUAUCGAUCCUAGAGGCAAGAGGUCUUUCAAGUACGAUCACCUCCGAAAGGAAGCUAGUGAUCCACAACCAGCAUCUACAGACAGCAAGGCUGAAUCAUACAGAGCUAAUCUGGACAAGGCAAUGCAGGCUUACGUGAAACAGCACUACCCAGAGGGUGUUGUUACUGUGUAUGGUACCUCAUCUGGUGCUAACAUCAAGUUAACUGUGUGUAUAGAGGACCACAAGUUCAGCCCAAGGAAUUUCUGGAAUGGGCGCUGGAGGUCUGAGUGGUCUGUAAACUUCACACCUGGCGGUUCUGGGGAAGUUAAAGGCAUCCUCAGGGUUCAAGUUCAUUACUAUGAAGACGGCAAUGUGCAACUAGUUUCCAAUAAAGAAGUGAAAGAAUCUCUGAAAACAGGCAGUGAAGACUCCACAAGCAAAGACUUUGUGAAAUUAAUUGAACAAGCAGAAAAUGAGUACCAGACUGCUUUGGGAGAGAACUACAAGACGAUGAGCCAAACCACGUUCAAAGCACUGCGUCGACAACUUCCUGUCACACGUACCAAGGUUGACUGGAAUAAAAUUGCUGCUUAUAACAUUGGCACCGAACUGAAAACGAAGUAAAAACUACUUAUUUGAAUGACAUGCAGGAUUGUAGCGUAGUUUUCCUAUAGACAUUUUGAGUGUGUUUGAACUUAUUUUAGGUGAGAGUGAUUUGCUGUCGAUUAGAGUGUUUCUUGUGCAGUCUAGGGUUUUCAAAUAGUUUCUUCAAUAAUUUAUUAUGCCUCAGUGCACGUCUUCAAUAA